GGGCAGAGUCAUCCCGAGGGGUGGGUCCUCCGGCAGCAGUAAAGGAAAACCCACCUUUUUUCAUUGUUAAGGACGCGGUGGAAUGUGAUGGUUUGAUCUCCAACGGGCCAGGGAGGGGAAUAUCCGAGAGGAAAGGACCGACGAAAGUGAUUUAGGGAGAGGGGGAAGCCAAAAAACGCAUUCCCCCCCUGCCGCCUCCAGCUCUCCGGGUUGUGUGUGAGAAUAUGUGGAUGAACUUGUCCUCGGCGUGUCGGCAGCAGCGAGUCCUCCCGUCCGCAUGAGCUCAAGCCGUGUGAAGUUGUGGAUUUACCGCUGCGUUUUUCUGACCCGGCGGUGGACCAGCUAAGGAUGGAGACUUUGGGAAGAGGAGCUUAACGUACGAUAACAGAAGGAUGCAUCUUAAAUAUGACAGAUUCCUCUGCUAAACGCCACUCUGAGGGAACUUCCAAGUCUUAAAGUGACAGUGACAGACCGCAGAGAGAAAAGAGUAUUUCCCUGAGAACCUGAAGGACUUGAUAACACUGCCACACAAAUGUGGACCUCCCAAAACAUUGUCAUCAAAUAAUCUUAACGACAAAACAAACACAGAUAUAAUACAAAGAAUUUGUAGCCAUGUCUGACCAUAAAGACAUGACCCAUCGCCACCUACGGCACAAGCUACAGAGUCUCGGACGAAGACUGGAUGAACUGGAAGAAGCAACCAACAAGCUGCAGAAGUCUGAGGAUGAGCUUCUUGAUCUGCAGGACAAAGUCAUCCAAGGAGAAGGCAGCAACUCAUCCCUGCUUGGAGAUGUGGAGGAACUGAGGAAACGUCUCCUAAGGAUCCAGGGUAAGGAUGAGGAGGUACGCAAAGCUGAGGAUCUCUGCCGCACAGUCAGAGAGAAACUGGAAGAAGAGGAGAGCCUGACAAAGGAACUAAAGGCUGAAAUUGAACGCCUACAACGGAGAAUGGCUGAACUGGAGAAACUGGAAGAAGCUUUUGGGAAAAGCAAAUCCGACUGCAGCCAGCUCUGUCUGAGUCUCAAUGAGGAAAAAAACUUGACCAAGAAGCUCUCGUCUGAGUUGGAGGCCCUCAAGGCACGUUUGAAGGACUUGGAGGGGUCUGAGACAAAGCUGGAUAGAGCAGAGCAGGCACUGGCCAUGGAACUGGAGAAACUCAAAGGAUUCACCCAGACCUUUAUGAGUGAGCGCAAGAGGCUACUGGAGAAACAGAGGGAGGACGAGAAGAUCAUUCUUAAGCUGACAGAAAAAUUGGAGCUCCAGAAGAAUCGCAUUGGGAUGUCAGCAGACCCUGGUCGUGCAGAUUUCAUGAGGUCUCGAAUUGAGGACGAGCUCUCAUCCACAGGGCUCCUCACAAGUAAACUGGCUGGGCGCAAGAAGAGCCUUGAGUACUUGAAGUUGGCCGAUGACAGCAUCAGCCUUGUGAACAAAUCUGAGAAUGAAAAGAACAGCGGUCUUGAAGGCUCGCAGGAGGAGGACAACAAGGUAAAGGAGCUGACACAGGAAGUAGAGAGGCUAAAGAACCGCCUUAAACAGAUGGAGAUAGUGGAAGAGGAUCUAAAGAACUCAGAGUCCAAAAAUGGCGAACUUAACGAGAAGUUCCAGAUGGAACGAAACCGGGCUCGCCAACUGAGCGAGCAGGUGGAACAGCUGAGGACGCAGCUGUGCGGAAAAAGUGGACUUGGAAGAAAUGGAACCAGUAAUGUGGAUAAACACGGCAAUGGAAGCACUAACAUUUGCCCUAACAGUCCCGCCAAGGUCCUGGAGAAUGGCAAAGCUGAGAAUGAAGAGCUUGUGAAGGGGGGUUUCAGACAAGAAAAGCCCAAAUAUAGGAGUGCUGCAACUGUUUCAGAGCCAAGUUCCCCCAGACACAGGAACAGGGAGCUCUCUCCUCAGCAUAAGAGAGAAACCAAGCUGAGAAGCAAAGAUCUGAGCCACUCAGAGGAGAGCUCUCCUAAGCCUGUGAGGAGACCCCUCAGUCCUGCUCACAAGAGUAGACACCCAAGGACACCCAAAACCCCAACUACUGCAGUUUCAUCUGAUAACGGAAUAAGAGACACAGGACGAGGAACUGAAGAAAAGAUGAAAGGAGCCACUCCCUCCUCUGUAAACACAACCUCUAGUGAUGUUAAAAAAGCAUCUGUUCUUAGUCGCUACCCACCAGCAGCUAAUGAUCAGAAGCCCCUGAGGACGGCGAACAAACAGACGGAUGGGGAGACUAAAAAGAAUAGAUUAGAAAAGUUUUCAAAAUUGUAUGUAGGUAGCGAUAGCGAAUCCAACAAUUCUGAUGUAGUGCCUGACAGUUCCAGUAACAUCAACAGUAUCUCUGCUUUAGAGAAGGAUACAGCGUCUGCCUCAGAUCAGGAAUCAACAGACUUGGUUCAGGAAUCUGUCUCUGUAUCUGUCGCCUCCACCCUGUCCAAAGCCAAUGGAGCCUUCACGGCCUACAGAUCCCAGGUCACUCCACUGCUACCCAACGAUCAGGGAUCUGAGGGUCACUCAUCUGCCUCUGAAACAGAAUCUACCGGUUCAAGACCCUCUGAGCCAGAGCCUGUGACUGAGAUGACUACUUCAACUGUAAGCAGUAGAACUGCAACCUCCAGAUAUCCUAGAUACUCCCACGUCCAUGACUCGCAUUCAGAGGGUUCUUCCUCCAGGAGCUCUUUUGAUGAAGAGCUCCACAACAGAACACUGGCAGCUGAGGGAGGCCACCAGGGGCCCAUGCACACUGCAACAGGGCUCGAGAUCCAGCGAGUGUGCAGCCCACGCGAGGCGCUCAGGUCAAAAGCUGUCAUCAAGCCUGCGAUUGUCGAGAUAGACAGGAAGGAAGUGAUGAUUUCGGAACCUUUGUCUACAAAUGGCAAACCCAAAAUCUCCACCAAACCUAUGGUGACCACCACGAGUAAAAUGACCAGUAGUAUAACCAUCUACCCCAAUGACCCAAGCUCUUCCAGAACCAGCAGUCGCAGCAGCAGUUUGUCCAGUGAACCCAUGCCGAUCAAAGAACGCCACACCUCCACCAGUAACAUCCUCAUAGGACCCAGCAGUGAGCACCAUGGCAGCAUCUCCGUCCCGUAUGAGAUCUCCAUUCCCAAGAGUGAGAUCACCCUGCGGUCGUGCCAGGACCAGGACUGUGGGAUGGACGACAGCAGUGAUUCCUCAUCAAGGUCCAAACACCACAACACCUCUAGAAUGGAGACCACCACCAGCCACCUCUGCUGCCCACGAGGCAACUUCAGCCUCCAGUCCCCGGACACCACCUCCGCAGACUUUAACGACACAGAGUCGGGCUUUGAAAGCAGCAGCAGCAGUAGCACCACCACUGUCACCAGCUGGAGACACCAAAGACAAAGCCAACACUCCCAGGAAGACAGUUUACCAGACAUGAAGAAUGUGACUGUGAGAAGCACCUGGAAGAACCGGGGCACUGCGUCAGCAGACGAGACGGGCCGGGGACGAGGGGGCGCGAGGACAAUGACUGAUGGUGGGUCAGAGGAUGAGGCAGAAGCCGUGACAACAUGGAGGGCUUACCGGGCAACCACCUUCGAUACAGAAGAAUCGAUAAACAGCGGAACAGGAGCUGGUGCUGAGGCACAGAAGGGGGGCAGGCCGUCCCCUGCGGAGGUGUACAUGCGUAGGAUCAGCAGUGUGGUUACUAACACCAGAGAAGUCGAGGAGCCAGCGCUUCGCCGAGGCAAACGCUCACAGUCUCCCAGUAUGGACGCAAGAGGCCUGGGAAGGACUGUGCCCCACGCACCUGUUACCUCUCAGUCCUGGAGCCGAUCCUACACACAACAUCCCCAGGCUGCUGAUAGCAUAGAGCCCAUUCCAAACCCAAGCCACAGCCCAGCCUCCUGGAGGCGGCACCUAGGCAGCAGCGACCCUCACCACCUGGGGAGCUCUUACGACCGGGCGUCCAAGACAACAGGGGCCUCCUCCUCCUCCAGAGGGGAUGUGUGGGCCAGUCGGGGUCAAGGGUCAGGGGCCAGAGCUGAGGGGAGGAGUGGAGCGGGGAGCAGACCGUGGAGCCAGCGCCACUCUGAGCAUCAUUAGACCAGCUGAGCGGGACUUCUACAGCAAGACGACAGCACUCCAUUAAGCUCUCAAUGGCACAAGGAGGGCCAAACAUCAGUCUCCCAUCAACUAAUGGCUACCACCGUCUCCAAAAGUCAACAUCCCCAGCUUUCAUAGCAAGCAAAGCAAAGAAAAAUUGCAGUCGCAGCCAUAUAGAACAACAAACCACAGACCUGACAUCCUUAACUCUGACCCUGAGUGUACGCUGAGACGUGAACAGCUCUUCCUAUCCGGAACUUUCUCUGUCCCAAAAGAGGCAUAAAUGGAAAGACAGUGCCUGUACAGUGUUUUUGGAGGUCGCCUCACCAGCCCAUGUAUCCUCUUCUGCUUCUCGUGUUGGAUGUAUUAUAGUAUAAUCCCGAAACUUGACAAGGGAGAGGCUGGCAUGCUGGGGACGGCUGGGGAUUUUUUUUCCUGCGUGCCAGAGAGGGUUUAAAGAGAGUUAGAGGAAGAAGGACUCAAACUUUGAGAAUGCCUUUCUCAGAGGACCAUUACAGUGACCUCAAUGGAGCUGGAUAUGUGUCGCUUCUGCAUCAGAAUUUCAACCUUUCUCCAUCCCGAUCUUCAGUCAACAGCAGUACAAUGUUACAGAUGCAUCUUCAUCUCAUAGGGCUGGAUCUUCAUGCAGAGUUCUACACAAACUAAAGUAUCUUUACGUUUUUAAUGUGACCAAAAACAGGAAGCGAAUUACCGUCUUUGCCGACUCGUACCACGAUAUUCACUUACAUGUUUGCUUUGACUGCCAUGUGUGCUUAUUUUCCCGAUUUUCUCACACAUAAAUACACAAAACCAUACAAACACAUGCUCAUUUUUAACUUUUGGUUUAUUUUAAACCCGUGUCACCACUUUCUGGCAUGCAGCCUCAAACUGGAUUUAAUUUGAGGUCUUGGAUGUUGAACGAACAUUUGCAUGUUUCUAAGUAAUAAAUGAAGAGCACUUGAAAGAUUGUGACUCAGCAUGCACUCUGCUUAAAGGAUUGCUGGUUGGCUGCAUUCAAGGAGCACACACACACACACAAACACACACACAUGCACACACACCGUGACAGACAGACCGGGACCUUAUUUAUGCUUUUUGCCAUUUUCACCAGUGAUUUUCUUUGUAAUUCGCUUCCUGUUCUGCAUUAUCCUUUCCCCUUCUGCUCAACCAUAUCAACACAAAAAAAUCGUAGUUUGCACGCAAUGAAAUGCAAUGCACAUGUAGAAAAAAAUAAUAAUUAGAAGAGGGGGGGCAUUGUUUAUAACCUCAAACCAUGCUACAAUUUCCAUGGUGCUUUGUUUUACAGCUGUUGCAAUUGUCCUCAUUCAUGUAUUUUUAAGAGAGCCAUAGCAAAAUGGAGUUUCUGUUUUAACUGAACAUUAGACAUUCAGAUUACCAGCAAACCUGGCCUGGCGAGGCGGACAUUUUUUUUCAGUGCUGCUGUAAAUAGUGUGGACAUGCCAGCCAGUCAUAGGAAGACUCCUAACCACAAGGAACUGACAGUUCAGCUUGUACGUGACUGGGUUCGCCGUGCGAAUCGUCCCAGCUUAUCUCCAUUUCUUAUUUCUAUAGAGGUGUAUUAUUUUGUUACAUCAUGAAAUAUCAACUCGUGGUUGGUAUGUUGGAGCAAUCUCUCAUUGGAGGGUGUCACUGCAACAAUGGGGGUGCCAUAGAAACCAAUUCAGUAGUGGCCAGUAAUAAAAAGAGGUGUUUUCGUUGAGGUAAACGGUGCAUAUCUAUGACAGAAACAUUGUCAGACUUUUAACAGGUUCCUGCUGGACUCGAUGUAAACUUCGAUCCCACUGCAAAAUUUAUGAAUGUCGCUCCUGAAUGCAGCUGAGAAUGACCAAUUGCUUGUUGCACCGAUCCAACACAACUGCAUUUCUUUUGUUUAUCUGACAAGAUCAUGUAACUGUGACAACUUGGGACAAAUCCGUUGAAGAACUCGGGGGUUUUUAAAGCUCCGUCUGGUUCCUCUGCUGUUAUGGAUUUCAAUGCUGUGUUGAGUCAGACCCUGCUGGGGGUGGGCCGUUUGAGUCUCAGUGCAUUUCUCAGUUCUCCUGUAUUCUACCAGCCGCCAUCUAGUUGUUAUAUUUAUUAGUCUCCAUAUAUGUACAGGUUCUUUUAUUGUGUAGAGAUCUGCCCGCGGUGGCAGGAGCCCAGUCUGUCGCCGCUUCGUCACAUUACUGUUUAUGCAAGCAGGAGAUUAUAUGCAAUCAAUAAACUGUCCCCCCCAUGCAAUGUCUGCAACAAUGUCUGUAAUCAUGCUGUGCAUACAGAUCAGUGAUGACUCCAAACUGAAAUGUUUGUUUACCGUCAGAAUGCACAUGUUCACCUAUGUUUAUUUCCAUUACUCUGUGCUAGAAAUAUUGACAGUAUGUUCAUCUGUGCCUUGAGAUACAGUAAGAGAGGUAGAUUGUCCCAACCAAUCCAGACUUGCACCAUAAUCUUACUCUUGCUGUUCGUAGAAAUGACACGCAAUACUGAUUGUGAGGUUCAGUUUUUUCUAUAACUUUAUAUUUUUUCCUUCGAGAGAAUUGUUGUAUGGAACGUCGUAAAAGUAUUUUGGUUCAAGUGUAAAAAGUUCUUUGAGGGAACUCCUCCCUGAGGGAUGUCAAAGCAAGGUUCCCU